UUUUCUUCUAUUUUUUUCUCCCUUUCCUCCAUGGAUUCAUAUGAAGCUACAAGAAUGGUGUUCUCUAGGAUCCAAAACUUGGACCCUGAAAAUGCCUCCAAAAUCAUGGGUUAUCUCCUCAUUCAAGACCAUGGCGAGAAGGAGAUGAUUCGUUUAGCUUUUGGACCUGAAACUCUCAUUCAUAAUCUCAUCAUCAAAGCCAAAUCUCACUUGGGUAUUCUCAACUUUCAAAAUAAUGCGAUUACACCCCCUUCUUCUUCCUCUCCCUCUACUCCCUCUUCCCUUUUCAACCCCAUUUCCAGGCCCAACCCUCUCUCCAUUUCUUCCUCAUCUCCUUCCUCAACUCCCUGGCCUCUCUCUGGACUCUCCAGCCCUCACAGUCCAAGCGUCAAUGGCUUCAGCUCCUCUCUUUCUUAUGCAAAUAUCGUAAAUGGAAGCUCCAAUGCUGCAAAUUCUGAAUCUUUGUACAAUAAUGGUGACGUUAUUGAUGAGUUUCAGCUUCAAGAUCACCUCUCUUUUCUCAACGAGUCUAAGGGUGAAGACUUGUUUGACCCAAGACUCGAACUUGGUUAUUCUCCCGCGUCUUCUCAGUUACACCGGAGGAGUUUUUCCGUUCCUGGGGCGACUUGUUUCGGUUCCGAAGAUGCAAAUUCUCCGUUCGGUUGGAAGCAAUGCUUGUAUUUCGCUAAAGGGUUUUGUAAGAACGGAGGUAGCUGUAAGUUUCUUCACGGUGACUCAGUUUCUGCUGUGGCCGAUGCUGUUGCUUCUUCUGCCGCCGUUAAUAUUGGCUCACCGAACAAGCUCAAUGAGUUCGAAAAGCAAAGAAAACUCGCCGCUGUCUCCUCUCAGUUCAUGGGCGCGGUUUCUUUUCCUUAUAACAAGUGCAUGAACCUCCUUUUGCAGCAACAAAAUGAAACACAAAGAUCAGCUGCAUUGAUGGUGGGCGAUGAGUUGCAUAAAUUUGGUCGUUGCAGGCCUGAGAGAGCUUCUGAAUUUUCAGCAAUGGGGUUGGGAGGAUCUGCGAAUCCGGGUUCAAGACAGAUUUAUUUGACAUUUCCAGCUGAUAGUACAUUCAGAGAAGAAGAUGUUUCUAAUUACUUCAGCAAUUAUGGGCCGGUGCAGGAUGUGAGGAUUCCUUAUCAGCAGAAGAGAAUGUUUGGCUUUGUAACUUUUGUGUAUCCUGAGACAGUGAAGUUCAUUCUGGCCAAAGGGAAUCCCCAUUUCGUUUGCGAUUCUCGCGUGCUCGUGAAGCCUUACAAGGAGAAAGGAAAAGUCCCGGAAAAGAAGCAACAACAGAUCGAGAGGAGCGAAUAUUCGGCUUGUUCAAGCCCCUCUGGGCUUGAUUCUCGAGAGCCAUUUGAUUUUCAACUCGGAGCAAGAAUGUUUUACAAUACACAAGAGAUGUUACUGAGAAGGAAACUAGAGGAACAAGCUGAUUUGCAGCAAGCCAUUGAGCUACAUGGGAGAAGGCUAAUGAAUUUGCAACUUCUAGACUUGAAAAACAAUCACCAUCAUCAUCAUCACAAUCACCAUCAGUUUCACCGUGGUUUGCCAAAUGGGUCACCAAUUCCUUCACCAACUCUACCUCAAACUCCUCACAAUCAGGCUCUCAUUUUCCCAAUAGAUGGCCCUGAAGAAGAACUCCAACAAGAGAUAUGUGGCAGCCCAGCUGAAGAUUCUCAAAAUGCUGCAGAUCCAGAUGGUGAUCAGGAAGUGAAUAAUCCAAUUUAUGAUCACAAUAAUGGCAAUGCCAAUAGUAGUAGUAGUAGUAGUAGUAGUAGUAGUAGUAGCUGUACUAACAACAAGGAGAAGUCUAGUAGUAACAACAACACUGAAGAAAGUGAUCUCCAUGAAAGUUUAGAGCACAUUCUCCCUGAUAACCUUUUUGCAUCUCCAAAGAAAUCAACUGUUGAUGAACUCAGUGUGUUCUCCUCCGAAGCUGAUGACAAACUCUCAGCUUCAAGUACUACAAUCACAUCCACAAUCAACAUGGCUUCUCUUAAAUCAUGUUUCCUACAAAUGCCUAGGUUUUCGUCUGGGCAUGGAACAAUUGGCUUGUAGCAUCAAUAAUGGGCAACAAUGGGGGGAUUGAUUUUGCUAGGUGAAUGUGCUUGGUUGGACCACCACACAGAAGCAGAAGCAGAAGCAGGAAGCAGAUUAAAAAAAAACAAAAGGCAGGCUAGUAGUAAUGUAAUUUACUGUCUUCUUUUCAUAAUGUAAUUUACCUUUUUUUUUUUUUUUUUUUUACCCCCCAUUUGAGGGGGUGAAAAGGACGACUACAUAAAGAAAUGAAAUCAUGUAUCAUCAUCAUCAAGAAGAAAAUAUUAUAUAUAUCUUUGUGACUGUAUGUGUACAGAACUACACCCAUCAAGCUUUGAAAAGCGCUUC